CGCAGGCGCGCUGCGGCAUGCUGGGAGCGGAAGCCUCCCUGGCACGGCCUCACGUGACCGCUGACCAAUCAGCGGCGGGGACCCCCCAUGUCAAGUUGUUGUUUCGUUCUCUUUUUCCUGGGGAGCUGAGCAGUGAGACUCGCCAAUUUUGCAAGUUUUCCUCGCCGGUUUCUCGGUAUUCCGUCGGUGAAUAUACACCAAUAUUGCGUCACAGUGAGCGAACAUUGUCUAGAACCUUUGGACGGAGUUGGGAGCAAAUCGGUUCAGGGACCGAUGAUCACCAUUUGCACAUAGCAGUUCAAGCUAAGGCUGGUCAGAUGUCACGAAGGGGUACAGAAGAGCCCCCGUUCCUGUCGGUGGGCACCGAAGUCAGUGCGAAGUACCGAGGUGCAUUUUGUGAAGCCAAGGUCAAAAUAGUCAAGAAGUUGGUGAAGUGUAAGGUGACUUUCAAAAAUGACAGUUCAUCAACACAAAUCACAGAUGACUGUAUCAUCAAAGGACCUCUUAGGGUUGGAGCUCAUGUGGAAGUUAAGGCUGAGGAUGGACAAGUCAGGGAAGCUGUCAUCAACAAAGUGAUGGAUAGCAGUACCUAUACUGUUGUGUUUGAUGAUGGAGAUGAGCGAACAUUAAGGAGAACUUCCCUCUGUCUGAAGGGAGAGAAACACUUUAGUGAAAGUGAGACCCUAGACAACCUCCCUCUGACAGACCCAGAGAAUUUCGGUACGCCGGUCGUGCACGGCAGUAGUAAGGGAAAGCGACGGCGGCGGCGCUGGGGCACGCCCACCCGGGUCAGCAGUGACGAGGAAAGUGAGGAGGAGACGCCCACGCCCAAGAAGUCUGCCUCAAAAUCCAGUAAGGAGAAGGAGACUCGAAAGGUCCUGUGUGUGGAGUCUACAGAUAAGAGAAGAAAUUGGUUUCCAGCUUUGCCUGUGAACCCCAGCAGCGCAGAUGUAAAGCUUACGAGAGGCAAGGACCAGAUAGCAGUGCGGUCAUUCAGGGAUGGCAAAUACCAUGUAGUGAACAAGGAAGACACAAGGGAGUUUAACAAGGAGCAGGCAGAGAGGAUAGAGAGCCCCUCCCUCAAACCUGCUAUUGACUUGGCCAUCAAGUACUUGGACACUGGGGAUGUCCCUGCGUCUUGGGACAACAAUAAGAAACGCACCAAGGAGGAGAGUGAUGCAGAGGAGGAUGAUGAGGAGGAGGAAGAUGAGGAAUCCUCUGAUGAAGACUCUGAAGAGAAGGAAAAGUUCUUAGAGGAUCUGUAUAGGUUUAUGGAAGACAAAGGUACUCCCAUCACAAAGCCUCCAGUACUGGGGUACAGAGACCUCAACCUGUUUAAGCUGUAUGAACUGGUGCAAGGCCAGGGGGGGUUCGACGAGGUGACAAAAGACUGUGGCCUGUGGAAAGAACUGUACAGUAAGAUGGGGAUUCCAGCACAGCACUCGGCAGCUUCGCACAAUAUUAAAGCUGCCUACAAGAAGUACUUGCACGACUAUGAGGAGUUUAAGAAGAAGCAGAAGCAGCAGGGCACCCCCAGGGCACGGGGCAGACCUCCCAAGAGUCCCCGCGGGGCAGACAGGUCUGAGAACAAGGAGGAGGACAGAAAGGACAAGAAGGAAGAAGACAAGAAGAAACAGGACAAAAGGGAAGAGGAGAAAAAGAAGAAGAAAGAGGAAAGUGAAGAUGAGGGAGAUGAAGAUAAGGAUCAAGAGGAAGAAGCCAGACCAAGAAGGGGGAGGAGGCCAUCUUCAGCAAGAAGACCACCUGUGCCAGAGAAGAAAGAAGAAAAGGAUAAAGUAAAGGAGCCCGAGAAGGCUGCAGAAAAGGGCAGCAAGCCUAAAGAGAAGGAUAAAGACAGUAAAGCUUCCACUAAAUCUGAUGAUGAAUCAGACGAUGAAGAAGAUGAUACUGAAACAAAGGACCAGAAGAAAGAGGAUGAGGCCUCUGAUGAUGAUGAGAAGCCGCCCCUAGGAGACUACGCCAUCGGGGAUAAGAUCCAGGUGAAAUAUGGGCGUGGCCGACAGCAAAGGAUCUACGAGGCCAAGGUUCUGGAGGCUGAGAUGGAGGAGGGAGAGCUGAUGUACUAUGUCCACUAUGCAGGAUGGAACGUCAGGUAUGAUGAGUGGAUCAACCUGGAUCGGAUUGUGGGACCAGCUGAUAACAAGUCCAACAACAAAGGGGGUAAAAAGGGAGAGCCAGUCCAUUCGGGAAAGAACGGCAAAACCCCUCCUCCAAACAAGGGCCUGGGGAAGCGGGGUCGCCCCCCGGGGUCGGGCAGGAAGAAGGAGGAAGACGACAAGGAUGAGAAGGAGUCUACAACUUCAGAGCCAGCUCCUCCUACCCCAGAACCUCCCAAGACGCAGCUCAAGAAGACCGACAAGACGGUACAAGUGAAAGUGGAGAGGUUAGAGAAGAUGGAUUCCCCCAGGGUGGCCAGGCUGACGAGGUCCAACAGCACAGCUGAUGCAACGCUGCCUUUUGACAUUGAAGCUUUGAAGCCCAAGAGAACAAGGAGAAGUUCGGGCCAAAGUGUCACAGAGCCCCAACCAUCAGAACCUCCAAGUAGUCCUGAACAGAUUGCUGAAGAAGCAGAGGGGGAAGAGGAGAGGGAAGAUCACUUAAAGAUAGCUGCAAAAGAAAAGGAUGAGAAAACUACAGUUCAAGAGAAGUCAAAAGAAGAGAAAUCAAGUACAGAAGGCACAUCUGAUGACCAAAACCCUCCCGUGGAGGAAGAAAAAGCAGAUGUCAAGAAAGAUGAUGUGAAGGAGGAAGCAGAGACAAAGGAACCUUUGUCAAAGGAGGGAGACAAGGAGGCUGAGAUUGACAGGGAAGACAGCAAGGAAGCAAAGAAGGAGCAAUCAAAGAACAAACGUAGAGAGUUGUCAACCAGAAGAAAAAGGAGGGAGUCUGUAGAAAAGGCUCCACCUGAGAUUGAAGACACCAGGCAAGAAGGUGUGGAGACAGCAAUAGAGCUAGAAAAUACUGAAAGAGUUACCAAGGAGGAGGAAGAGAAGGUUGCCAAAGAGCAAGAGAUGAUACUGGCUGGUGGCGACUCUCAGAAACUUCCUGCUGCAAAGGAUGUUGCAAAGGAGCAGCCAUCAAAGGAUGAACAGAAAGAAGAUCCUGACAAGCAAGAAAUGCCUCUUGAGGAAAAGGAAGAUGGUGACAUAGAAAAGACAGAGAAGAGCAAGAAGAAAUCAGCUAAAAAGGGCAAGGGCCGUAAGUCAGGUGCUGAUCAGAAAAGCAAGGCAGCUGAAGAGAGAAGGCAUACUAAAGAGGAGACUUCACAGUCCUUGGAGCACACAAAAGAAGAAGAUCCGAAGGAUUCUGUUCGGCCACAAAAUGAAGACCACAUCAAGGAAGGGUCAUCCUUCUUGCAAGAUGCUCCUAUCAGUGUCAGCCUCCCCAUAAAAGAAGAAAGAUCUUCUGCAGAAGCGAGUAAAGAAGAGGCCCAGGUAAACAGGAUAUCCCCACCUGACCCAGUCAGCUCUGCCCCAACUGUCACCCCCAACUCCACCAGGUCCAAGAGAGCAUCCUCUCCCACAGAUUCUGCAUUCACCCCUCCCAGCAAGAAGACCAAAGGCAAGACUGACAAGUCUGACAGAUCGUUAGCGAGAAGCGACAGGUCAUCACCAGUCCCCGAGGCCAAGUCAAGGAGAGGAAAGUCCGACAAAGUCGGCCGUACAUCCCCUCGACAGGACAGGUCAUCGCCAGUACCAAGCUCUGGGUCCAACAAGAAGACCAAAAAGGAGAAGGUGGAGAAGGAGAAGUUGGACAGAAUAUCCCCUGUCCUGCCCUCUGUUGCUGAUGCAGUGAAUAUUGAUCAGGAGAAUCAAGUGCCAGAGAAGUCCAUAAAAAAGGAGCCGGAGGAUAACAGAACACCUCCAUGUUCUCACACGGCCUUCCACCCACCCCUCCGGGCAUUGCCCCUCCCAGCAUUCCAGCCACGUCUGUGCCCGAGGAAAAGUCUGAGCCCCCCACAUGAGGAGGCUUUGCCGCCAAGAGGCCAGGAAGAAAGCAAGAGUACUAAAAACGAGAUGGACAUGAACCUUGAGUUGGACAGUGUGAGUGAACAGCCAGGGGUGGGCAACGAGUCCCCCGUUCAGGACAGCAGCACAGCCUCCUCCAGUAGUAUUGGCAGCGGAAACAUGCCCACCAACGGGAGUACCAGUGCCAGUGGGACGGAGGCGGUGACACCCAGCAGGAAACGGAAGCACGAGGAUGUGGACAGUGCGGGCAGCAAGCGGAAACGCAAGCACCACAGACACAAGAAGGGGCGGCACCAUAAACACAACAACGUGAACUGCAGUGACAGUGAGUCGUCUGAGAAGGACAACAAGGAUUCCCACCACAAGCACAAUGGCAGCUCUCCUCGGAAAAGGUCCAGGUCUCCCUCAGACCCCACGUCACCAUCCAGGCCUCCAAAGUUUCACUUCAGUGUUGAAGAAUCCCUGAGGUACCAAGGAGAGGCUAGGAUAGACUUUCUACAGACGAAACUGCAGGAGAUGAAGACAAUCUAUGGAGCCCUGAAAUCUGAGGUGGCCUCCAUCGACCGUAAGAAGAAGAGGCAUAAGAGGAAAGAGCGGGAACGGGCAGAGAGAGAAGCAGCUCAGGCUUUGGCAUCGGCAGCCCACAAGAACAACUCUGGUAACAUGAGCAGUGUCAGCAGUCCUUCCACAGUGUCGGUGGAGUGCAGAUAGGCCUCGUUCACUCCACCAGCUCUUCCCAAGAGCAGCUAGCAAACAAGGGGUUUAUAGGGUUCUGAACAGUCC